AUGAGGACGACGAGGAUCGCGACGACGAUUCACACGAAGAAGACGACGACGUUCGCGUCGAGGCGUCAGCGCGCGCGGCCAAGCCGGCUCGGCGCCAAAAUCAGCUCGCCAGUCGCGCUUUCCGGUCGACAGCCGAAGAGUGCAGUGAACACGGGAGUAGCUGUAAAAUCACGAAUCCCGGCGGACACGUUUACGGUUACAGCAGCAGCCGAAAGGAUCGAAACUCGAGUUUCACGCUUCGAAGGGAACAGCGAGGAUUCCGCGAGAUUUUGGAACGCCGUGAAGUUGGGAGAUCGUCAAAUAAGUGUUUGUGAUAGCGGUGCUGGUGACAUUUUCGCGGAUUAA